AUGGCGAACGAACUGGACCGAGUGCGAAUCUCAGCUGCGGAACUCCGUGCUGAAGCGUCGAAUUCAAUCAAUAUUACGGACUUUCAGAAAGAGGAGCAACAGGAGCAGCGCAUGUACAAGCAGCAAAGGAAGCGUGAAGGAAAGCGUCCUGAUCUGCAACGCUACCAGUCGGUAACUGGCCAUGGACGGCGUCACCGUGACAGUGAGGAGGGAGAAGCUGCUCAAAGUGAUCCCCUGGCCACUGAUUCAUAUGAGCAUGAUCAACCAUCACAGAGGGAGAAAAAGGAGGUGUCUGACAAAGUUUUAGAGAGACAUGGAUGUGCAGACAGUGGAACGGGUACUGACAAAAGGGAAGAAGACAGGGUGAGAGGUGAUGGUAGUAACACUCAGAACUGUCGAAAGGGCAGCCAGUCGCAGACUAAAGCUGAAGCAAAUCAAGCAAAAGUAUUUGUUGAAAAUGACAGAGAACACCAGGAACCUGCUGGAGCUGCUAAGACAACAAAGAAAGCCCGCAAACCAGAUCAAGAAUUUUAUCAACCUGGGAGCCGGAGGAACAUUCAAGGAAAGGACUGUGGUGUUGGAAGAGAGCAAGAUAAGCCUCCCCCAAGGAAGCAUGAGCAGAAAACUGAACCAGAAUCACCAUUGAGUACAGGGGAAAGGGAGGGGAACAAUAAAGUAUCUAAACAGAGGCAGGGAGGGAAAGAUGAAGUAAAAGGUAAACAGGACAAAGUGAAACUGUCCAUUGAGACAAACAGAAAGAAAGGAAGCCGAGAUGUGGAAAAACCCCCAUUACCCUCUGAUGUUUCGGUGGAGAAAAUUGUUAACAAAGUAGAAAAGCUCAGCGUGAAAGAAAAAGGCCAAGUUGUUGAAGAGUCCAGCUGCAGGAGAGGGGAAACAACUGAUAAGGAAAGGAGAGGUCAAGAGGGAGGAAGAAAAGAGGCAGAAGAAAAGGCAGAGAAGAAGAGGGAAAAGGGAAACCGCAGGAGAAGAGGGGAGAAAGAAAAAGAGAGGAAUCAGGAUUCCCGAAGAGGAGAAGAUGAAGUAGGUGGUGAAGGAAAGAGUGACUUGGGGAAAGUUGAGAAGGAAAGAGACAAGAGAGUAGCAGAAGCGGAUAGGGAUAACAAACCAGGUAAGACAAUAGAGACACAUCAAAGCAAAGGAAGAGAGAAUCGCAGAGAAAGCAGAAGAGGAGAUAACAACAACAACAACAGUCGGUCCAGAGAUGCUGAGAAAGAUGGUAAGACGCAGGGAAAUGUAGAUCGGGCCAUAGAAAAAGGUGAUAGAAAGCAAUUCAACGCAAACAUUACAACACCAACCUCAAAACGCUAUUCCAGAUCAGAUAUUCGACGCUCACGGAAUCGAACUUACAGCAGUAGCUCAGCCAGCAGUGUGACCAGCUUGGAUGGUCCUGGACUAGGAAUGGAUGUAGAGAGUACCAAGUGGUCACGCUUGGAGACUAGACACAAUAACAGAGAGGGGAUAGUAAAUAGAGGGGAAGGAAGAAGGAGUCAUUUACAAAGCUGGACCACGAACGGGGAAUCAUCUACAGAAUCCCUGGAAGGGAGUGAGAUGAGUGACAUAGCAGAAGAUAGAAGGAGAAGAAGAAGAGGUGGAGAGGAGGAGCUAAGUGCAGAGAGACGGAGGGAAGAAAGGAAUAAACCAAAGGGAAACAAAGGUGGAGGUCGUGGAAUCCUAAAGGUUUCCCUAGAAAAACAGUCAGGUACCUCAUCAAACAGUGGGGUUGCACAACAUCACAGACAAGGCUUGGUCCCUCGUGGCAGAGGUGGGGGUAUCCUGGUGCUACCAGCCCGCACAGACAUCUCUAAUUCCCCUGAGGUUGGGCAAAGGCUUCUAUUUGGUGGAAUUAGAGGAGGAGCCGCUUCCAGGAGUAGAGGAGGCAGAGGAGGAGGAGUGAGACGACUCUGGGAUCCAAAUAACCCAGACCAGAAACCAGCUCUUACCAGCACCCAAUCCUCACAGCAUUCAUCUCUCCAACAGCCUGUUUAUCUUCAGACUGGAACUGGAUAUGGACAACUUCACUUUCUGGACACAGACGAUGAGGUAGCAGGCAGUCCUCCGGUCCCCCAGGGUGAGCACUUUCGAUCCAAGCAGGCUGCUGCCAUGGCCUACUACAAAUUCCAAAACUCAGACAACCCCUACUGCUACCCCAUGCCAACCAGCAACCCACACAAUCCUGGCACAGCCACUAGCCCACGAUAUCCAUACCCUUAUAUGGGAACCUACCAAAUGGCUCCCACUAACGGUGUGUACCCGGGCCCUGGUGUGGGUCAGUUCUGUGGGAGUUACAGGGGAGCAGGUUAUUCCCAGUCAGGUGCAGGAGGCGCUAUGACAUUUGAAGAGGUGGAACAACAAGCCAGAGGGGAGCUGGGGAGGCUUCUGAGGGCUGCAGAUGCACAGGAGCUCCAGCUCAGUAACCUGCUGUCCAGAGACAGAGUGAGUGCUGACGGACUAGAUCGCAUGGCCCAGCUCAGAGCUGACCUUUUGGGGCUGUAUGAGCAUGUCAUCCUGACAGACAUCGAGUUGUCAGACUCUCAGAAUGUGGAUCAGGCUUUGUGGAAGAAUGUCUUUUACCAGGUCAUAGAACGCUUCCGGCAGCUUCUCAAAGACCCCACCUAUGACAACACCCCACAUAUUAGGAACAUGCUGCUUACACUGCUUGAUGAGGGAGCACUAUUCUUUGAUGCGCUACUUCAGAAGCUGCAGACAGUGUACCAGUUUAAAUUAGAGGAUUACAUGGAUGGCAUGGCUAUCAGGGCUCGGCCUUUACGCAAAACGGUAAAGUAUGCACUUAUCAGUGCUCAGCGCUGCAUGAUUUGUCAGGGAGAUAUUGCACGUUACAGGGAACAAGCGAGUGACUCGGCCAACUACGGCAAGGCUCGCAGCUGGUACCUGAAAGCCCAGCAAAUUGCCCCCAAAAAUGGACGCCCAUAUAACCAGCUUGCCCUGCUGGCAGUCUAUACAAAACGGAAGUUAGAUGCUGUUUAUUAUUACAUGCGCAGCUUGGCCGCUUCCAACCCCAUCCUGACUGCAAAGGAAAGCCUGAUGAGUCUGUUUGAGGAAGCAAAGCGAAAGGCCGAGCAACUUGAGCGAAGGAGGAGGCAGGAGCAUGAAGGGGGCUCCAGGGGUCCAGCAGUAAGAGGAAGAGGAAGAGGGGAAGAUGGAGCACGUGUGGAGGUUUGGAUUCGCCCCAGCGGACAAGUGGCAGCCACAUCCUCACAGAGAGGAGGCAGUGAAUCCAGCAGAGACUCUGAACAGGACGGAGAGCUGGGCAGCCUAAGUGCUAGUGAUCUAAAUAAGAGGUUCAUUCUGAGUUUCCUCCAUGCACAUGGAAAGCUCUUCACUAAAGUGGGCAUGGAGUCCUUCCCUGGAGUGGCAAGCCGUGUUCUGCAGGAGUUCAGGACGCUGCUGCAGCAUGGCCCUUCCCUACUGGGCAGCACACACAUGCUGCAGAUCAUCACUAUCAACAUGUUCACCAUACACAAUGCCCACAGCAGAGGCGAAGAAGAAGUGCGGUCUGUAUUACAUGAGCAAAGCACUGCCCUGGGCCUCGGCAUGUUUGCUCUGCUGGUGCAGCGCUGCACAGAACUGCUCAGAGAUACUCCUGCAGACGCCUCUCUUUCAGAACCAGUUCCCAUGGCAGAUGGAGAGAAGGAGGGUAAAGGGGGGGAGUUGGAGGGUAUGGUGAGGGUCUCUGCCUUCCCCUUGGACCUUAGAGAACUACUACCAAGCAUCAAGGUCUGGUCUGACUGGAUGUUGGGACACCCAGACCAGUGGAACCCACCACCAUGCAGUAUAGAUUGCUGCCCUGAUGUUUGGCAGUGCCUUGCUGACCUGUGUAACGUGCUGGCACGUGUGGACCACGGGGAAGUGCCGCUGUACAAAGUCGACACUGAUGAAAGUGAAGGAGAUGAGGAGUUGACUGUCCUGCAACUAAAGGAAGACAGGCUACUUGCUGGCUUCGUCCCACUGCUGGCUGCACCACAGGAGCCCUGUUACACAGACAGACACACUGACAUGGCAAUAGCAGCAGAUUGUAAGAGAGUCACGGUGUUGAAGUACUUUUUGGAGGCUUUGUGUGGACAGGAGGAGCCUCUGUUGGCCUUCAAGGGAGGCAAGUAUGUCUCUGUGGCAACUUCUCCAUCAAACCACUCAGUGGAUACAAGGAGCAGGCAAGAUUCUCUAACAGAGAAAGAGGAUGAUGACGUCAUAGUCGAGUCCUCUCUCUCCGCAUCAGAAGGAGAGGAGGAUGCCGAGGAGGCUGGAGACAGUGAGAAUGACAUCAGACAGCUGAAGGCACGACGCCACGCCCUCGCUAACAAACUUGCACAGCAACAGAAGCGCAGGGAUAAAAUACAGGCGGUGCUGCAGACAAGUGGGCAGUUGGAGCUGGAAGUGAGGCCUCUCUUUUUGGUUCCAGAUACCAAUGGAUUCAUUGAUCACUUGGAAGGGCUGAAGAAACUCCUUCAGUGUGGAACAUACAUAAUAGUUGUGCCGCUCAUUGUGAUUACAGAGUUAGAUGGCUUGGCUAAAGGCCAGGACACCUUUGGUGGAGUAAUGGGGUCAGGAGGGCGCAGCAGUGGCAGCCGGGGCAACUACAAUGUUAGUGCGACCCAUGUGCGGGCCGUGCAGGAAAAGGCUCGGUUGGCAGUGGCUUUCCUAGAGAGAGGAUUUGAAGCCAGGGAACCGUACCUCAGAGCCCUGACAAGCAGAGGAAAUCAGCUCGAGUCUAUUGCCUUCCGCAGUGAAGACACCUCUGGACAGCAGGGUAACAAUGAUGAUGUGAUUCUGUCCUGCUGUCUCCACUACUGCAAAGACAAGGCAAAAGAUUUCAUGCCUGAUCAGAGAAAUGGGACUGUGAGGCUUCAAAGGGAGGUGGUGCUCCUUACAGAUGACCGUAACCUGCGUGUCAAAGCUUUGACCCGCAACGUCCCAGUCCGAGACAUCCCCGCUUUCCUCAGCUGGGCCAAAGUGGGCUGAACCAGGCUGAGCUGGAAUCAAAGGAACCCAACUGCUGAAGCCUGCUUGCCACUCAGCCAAGGAGAGAAGACACACUUAAGCAGAAGAAGAAGAAGAGGCAAUAACAGGGGCGAGGAAAUGAUGAAGAAAGCAAAGAACCACCUCUUAAGUACAAGCAAAUGUAGUGAGAGCAGGGUGGUUUCAAUGAGCUUUUUCCCCCCUUGUGAUGAAGUGUGUGUGUGUAUUUAUGUGUUGAGAUCAGUGAGCUUCUCCAUAAAGCGGCAAGGGAGACUUAUUAAGUCUCAGGAAGGCUGGAUUGGAAGGGAAAAAGGAGGUAAAAAUGGAGCGAUUUGAUGUGGAAGUUGUGUGGUGGUCCAGUCUCGAGCCUCUACUCCUAGUUAGUGAGUGUACUCUGCAAGCAGUAUUAAAAUUUGAGGCUAAUGAUAGCAUGAGGCAGAGAGGGAGAGUGUUAAUGGCCAUUUAAUUGAUUAAAGACAGCAGUAAUGACGGCCAUAACUGGGACUCCCACACAUCUCUGAGGGCACAGUCAUAUUCGACUGCUUUGGCCACUACAUGAGUGCUGAGAGAAAGCUAGGUGGAGAGAAGCACAGCUGGAGGGUCUUUGUCAGUACAGUAAAACGUGGCUGAUUGUAGUGAAGGUUAAUCAAGACCCCUUAUGCAACCAUGACACCUUCAUGCAGCUAUGGUAUUUCCUGCUAACCCAGGAAGUGCCUGUUGCCUGUUUGGUAACUUGGGUUGUUCCUCCAGCUUGAUGCUAACAUUGAGGUUAAUGUAAGAAAAUGUUUUUAACAAGUCAGCAACAACAAAAAACAUUCAUUUUUAUUUCUGUUCCUGUUGUUUUUUCUUGUUUUUGAACUUGUGUAAAAAGUUUUAUUUCCCUCUUGGAGGCCAUUUCUCCAUUUUGUAUACUCUGAUAAUAAGCAUCUGCAAGGUUUCCCCCAAAACAGUGUGAACCAUAAGCUCUUUUUUUCAAAAUCAGAUCUGGGUGCAAAUUAUUAAUUUGUUUUUGAGAUGUAUAACAAAGGUGUAAGAUUAUAAAUAUCAAGACUACUCAGUUUAUGGUGAGUUUUCAGUUCCAGAUUGGGCUACAUUGAGUAACAUAAACUUCCCACCCAUCCAUAACUUACAAAUAUGGAACAAAGAUUUUCAAAAUAGUGUUUGACCAAGGUCUACUUAAGACAGCCACGAGGUUUGGAGAUGGAUUGGUCCUUGACAUUGACUUUGCAGAUACUUAAUUAUCGAGUGCCCAUGGUGAUUAUUCACUUAAUUUCCUUUUCAUCUUUACACUCUAGGUUUUUUUUGUGCUUUUCAAUUCAUACCACCACUGCAGUUUACCUUUUAAUAAAAUGUUUUUAAUUGCCAAUACCUAUUUUCCUGUUCACAGUGUGACCUGGAGAAAAGGUCGCAUAUCCACUUCCAUCCACUUCCAAUACCCACUCAGUUGAAAUAAACUGCGUGAUGUAUACCACCAUAAAUCACAGCCUGUAAAAUUUCCAUUGUGUUCAAACAACACCGAGCUGGCACAUUGUCAACAAACAUUUAACACAGGGAGUACUUGUGUUUGUAUUUUUGCUUGUGCUACAUUGCUUCAGGAGUUUCUGAGUUGUUCAGUGUUUGUUUCUGUGUGCAUUUGAGACCGUGUCUGGAUGCUCAGAAUAGAUGUAAUCUAAACCUGUCCUCUGGUGUGAUGCAUCAUACAUAAUUCAUGAUUAACUCAUCAGAGUUUGAUAAUAUGCAUUUAAAAUAAUACUGUAUGUAGAAGUGGCUGCCUUGUUUUGUGUUUGUCAUGUACCUUUUCAGCUUGGCUUAUACAGCUUCAGUCAGCAGUAGAUGUUUCUGUAUCUGUGUUAAUCACAGACAGGCUUCAUACUUUUUUCAGCUCCUGUUCUGGUGCUCUUUUAGUGUUCAGUACAAUCUAUGGUGUUAAGUAGCACUGCUGCAGUGUUUUAUUGUUGGAGCAAACAUAGUAAAUACAUAAUCAGUUUAAAACAAUUACUUUUUCAUCUUUCAUCAUUAAAAAUGUUUUA